AUGGAACAAAUUCAUGCACACAUCAUCCAUUUGGAAUGGAAGAAGGCUGGAGCUGAGCUCGCCGAGUUUUUCCAGCUCAGCCAGCUCAGUCAGCUCUUGGACCCAGCUUAUCCAGCUCACUCAUCCAGCUCUCCAAACCAGAUCCCUCCGCUCUCGGACCCAGGUCACCCAGCUCGUCCAGCUCUUGGACACAGCUCACCCAGCUCACCCGGCUCUCGGACCCAGCUCACUCAGCUCUUGGACCCAGCUCAUCCAGCUCUCCGCUCCAGCUCACUCAGCUCAUCCAGCUCUCGGACUCAGUUGACUCAGCUCAGCCAGCUCAUCCAGCUCAUCCAGAUCUCGGACCUAGCUCAGCCAGCUCUUGGACCCAGCUCAUCCAGCUCUUGGAUUCAGCUCACUCAGCUCACUCAGCUCAUCCAGGUCUUGGACCCAGCUCACUCGGCUCACUCAGCUCAUCCGGCCCUCGGACCCAGCUCUCGUACCCAGCUCACUCAGCUCUUGAACCAAGCUCACUCAGCUCUCAGACCCAGCUCACUCAGCUCUUGGACCCAGCUCCGUCAGCUCAAUCAGCGCAUCCGGCUCUCGGACCUAGCUCAGCCAGCCCUUGGACCCAGCUCACUCAGCUCUCAGACCCAGCUCACUCAGCUCUUGGACCCAGCUCACUCAGCUCAAUCAGCUCAUCCGGCUCUUGGAUCCAGCUCACUCAGCUCCCAGACCCAGCUCACUCAGCUCAUCCAGCUCUUGGACCAAGCUGACUCAGCUCAGCCAGCUCUCUGA